GCCAAACAACCCCAAUUGGGGAUAGAUGUUCGCUUCGUUGAGCUCAAAACCCUAACCAAAACCCUUUCUUCCUUUUCUUCAUUCCAAACCCCAAUAUGUCCAAAAUUUCCUCCACACUUCUUCUACAUUUCAUCCAUAAACGUUUUCUCAAUACCAUUUCUACUUCUACAUUGCCUUCACCCUCUCUUUCUACCAUCCAAUUCCUCACUAAUUCAUGCGGCCUUUCUUCUGGAUCUCCUACCUCCGCCGGUCGAAAGCUCCAUUUCGAUGAAAAACACAUCCACCAGUACGGAGCCAUCAUCGGUUUCUUCAAAUCUCAUGGAUUCGAGUAUCCACAGAUCUCCAAUUUGAUCUCGAGGCGACCUUCGAUCCUUCAAUCCAGAGUAUCCACCAAUCUGAAGCCUAAAUUUGAGUUCCUUCAGGAAAUCGGGUUCGUCGGUCCUUUACUUCAUAAGUUAAUUUUAUCAACCCCAUGGGUGCUUAGCAAAAGCUUAGAUUCCCAGUUGAAACCAUCAUUUUUUUUCAUUAAGGAAAUUCUUGAAUCGGAUGAACAAGUAACUGCUGCUGUUAUUUAUCGUUUUCCAAGCCUUCUAAUUAGUGAUUGGCGGGGUAAUUUUAAAUCUAGCUCUGAUAUUUUGGCCAGUGAAGGAGUACCUUCUAGGAAUAUAAAGAAGAUGAUUGCAUUGAACCCUAGAACUUUUAUGCAAAAGGCUGAUAGAAUGAUUGAUGCAGUGAAAACGGUUAAAGAAUUAGGCAUUGAACCAAAGGCUCGCAUGUUUAUUUAUGCACUUUUUGUAAGGCUUUCAAUGAAUGAUUCAACUUGGAAGAAGAAAAUAAAUGUUAUGAAGAGUUUAGGAUGGUCUGAGAAGGAGAUUUUUUCAGCAUUUAAGAGAUAUCCAUUUUAUUUAACAUGCUCAGAGGAGAAAUUGAGGGAUGUUGCAGAUUUUUGUUUGAACGCUGCAAAGUUGGAUCCAGUAACUCUAAUUACUUACCCUGAGUUCUUCAAGUCUUCAAUCGAGAAGCGGCUCCAACCGAGGUACAAAGUUCUUGAGGUUUUGAAGGUGAAAAAUCUUCUUAAAAUAAAAAAGAUUGGUCCGGUGCUUUUACGAGGGGAGAGAGAAUUUGUGGAGAAAUAUGUAGUUAAGCAUUUGGAUGAAAUCCCAAAUCUGAUGGACAUAUACCGUGGCAAUGUCGCAGCCGAAACCAAAAGUGUUGUAUAGGAUUGGAAAGUUGUGGAGAGUUGUGUUGUUUUUGCAUCCAAAUCAAGGCAGUUAGGUACGUAAAUCUAUUUGAUGUAUAUUUGUUCAUAGACAUGUUAAACUUGAAAUUGGAGGCCUUUCUGCUUCAACUUUUGUAAGUUUGUAGACUAAUUUUGAAUCUAAUGAUCUUGAAAUAGGGGUAGCUUUUUUUCA